AUGGGUGACCACAGUGCGGCGCAACGCCUCGGCCCGCACAUGGAGACCUCGACCGAGCCCCGCCGCUCCGUCUCCCAGCACAGCACUACGUCGAUACGUUCGCGCCGCAGCGCCACCGUCCGCGGUCCCAGGGGCAGGAAGAUGAUCAGCCAGCCUAGCAGCUCGGCCUGCAGCAGCGUGGCCCCCAGCGACAAGUCCCUCACCAGCUUCCCUAGCUUCUCUCCCGAGUCCGAAGCCCCGCAGCGACAUCGAUCCGCCGAGGACCAGGACCGGCUCAAGACGGCCACUCAGGAGCACCACAACGAACUUCAGCGUCAGCUCCAGGCCCAGCUCGACCGUGCAGGCCCGACCGGCGGCGGCGGCGGCGCCGCGAGCAACAACGGCAGAGCCGGUGGCCGGAGGACUAGUGGCUUCAGGAGCGCUUCCAUCGUUGAUUCGCUCGCCGGCGAGUCCCGCGGCUCCCUGUUCGAGGAUGAACCCGUCACCAAGGUCCCCGGUUCCCUGCACCACGCUGACGACGAGCACAUCGAGAGGCUGAUUGCCCGCCACGGCGCCGUCGGCCUCGUCCGCCAGAUUGCCGAGGACCUGGCCCAGCGGGACACCCAGAUGGCCGGUCUGCGCCGACGAGCUGACGAGAGGGAGAAGGCGCUGAGGAGGAUCGUCCGCGAGUGCGGCGUCUCCAAUAUGGAACUCGAGGGCAGGCUGCGCGCCGUCGAGGAUGAGGAGCGCGAGGCCGUCCGCACCAGGCGGACCAGGGGCCGCGGGGAUAGCGCCCUCAGCGACAUGAUGACCGACGCCAUGGAGGAUGGCUCGAUGACGUCGCGCGUCUACGGCGGCGGCGAGUCCGCGCUCGGCAACGGCGCUGUGGGCAGCAAGACGGUGCGUGCCAGUCAUGAAGCCCCGAAGACGGGCACCCUCAGAGGGUGGAAGGACUACAUCCUGGGCACGGGGACGUCUAAGAAGACGACGGGACGCGCCUCUUCCAGCAACGGCCCGCCAGACCCUCGUGCGACGACGACCGCCGCCACCCUACGCUCACACUCCAGCCUCGAGAGACGACCAGGACUGCAGCGUGACCUCUUCAGCCCACCGGACGCGGCGACAGUCAGCAGCUCGGCAGCUCCUCGGACCACUUCCGAGAGCCGGCCAUCAAGCAUCCACUCGGCCGCCGUCGACUCGGAUCCCCGGCCGUCCGGGUCUCUGGCCAGCCUGGCUCUGAGGCUGGUGGCGGGCGGUGCCGCCGGCGGGCGCGAGUCGGAGGCUAGAGGCCGCACCUCAAGCGCCUCGGGCCGAGAGCCAUCGUCGCGGGCUGCCUCGACGGCGAGCCAGAACACGUCGGGGUCCAUGCAGGCCUCGUCGGUGGCGUCGGGCGGUCCCAAGGCGCUGAUGGCCAUGCGUCGGACAACGCCGGCGCCCCAGGCGCAACCCCUGGCCACCGCCACGACGGGCAGCAACAAGUCCCAGGCCCAGGAGAUGUGGGAGACCAUGGUUGGCAACAGCCCGCCGUCGUCGUCGGCCGCGGCCGCGGCAAGGCAGGAGAGCUACGGCCCCGUCGAGAUGGACGCCAUCCUGCCACCCGAGUCUCAGCCACCGACGCUGGCCCAGAACAUGUACAGCAACUACAACCGAGACGACGAGUUCCUGACGGACAGGUUCGGCUUCAUCUACGACCAGCGACGCAAGAGGCGGCAGAAGGAGGCCACGCAGAUGGCCAGAAGCGUGCGGAACCAGAACCGCACCGAGAUGAUCAGCAACGGACGCUCCUCGGCCGUCUCACCCAACCUCUCCGAAGACGACGUGCCCAGCCCAAAGUGUAGCGUGUCGAGCGGCGGACGGUCCGACAGCCCGGCGGGCGGGCAGCAGCGUCAGCAGGUCUCCGACGACGCCGACGCUGAGGGGGAGGCCGCCGCGACAACGGACGAGGCCAGACCCAAGAAGUGGCAGGACUACCUCAAGAUCGCGACGUUCCCGACAGAACUGCUCAGCCACACGCCCGGCAUGGACGCGGCGUCCAUCACCGAGGUCACCGAGGCUUCUGCCACGCCGACCGAAGGCUCGGACAAGACCGGCAAGGAUCAGAACAGGCUAGCCAGGACUCCGUCGCUCAUCAUCAGACCCUCCGACUCCGGUAUGGUUCUGCCUGCGGCCAGUACGACCACGUCUGCUGUGGACAGCCGGCUGGCCACGGAGUCGGUGGCAGGAGAGUCGUCAACAUCGGCGGACGCCGCCGCGGCGGCGGCGGCGGCGGCGGCGACGACGCUGGCUGUGAAGAAUGAGGACCGGGAGCCGGUCAAGCUGCUCUUGCGGCAGCUGAGUGACGUGCACGAUGCGAUGCAACGCAAGAAGACGCCGGCGUGGAACGACUUCCUCCGCAAGGUGCGCGCGGAGCGACGGAAAGAGGGCGAAGCGGCGGUAGCGGCGGCCAACGCGGCGGCCGAGGCGCGGUACGAGAGGCCGACCAUGAUCCUGCCCGAGACGCGCGUCGCCGACGGCGAGAUGAUCGGGGUAGCAGGACUCGGCAACAAGGGCAAGGUCGGGCGGGCCAAGUGGAACGAGUUCAAGAGCCUGGUGCUGGGCGGCAUACCGGUCGCGUACCGGGCCAAGAUCUGGUCCGAGUGCUCGGGGGCCAACGCGCUACGCGUCCCCGGCCAGUACGACGACCUCGUGUCCCAGAGCGGCUCGGCCGACGACCCGACGGCCGUGGGUCAGAUAGCCAUGGACAUCCGGCGCACCCUGACGGACAACAUCUUCUUCCGACGGGGCCCGGGAGUGCAGAAGCUCAACGAGGUGCUGGUUGCCUACUCGCGGCGCAACCCAGACGUGGGGUACUGCCAGGGCAUGAACCUGAUCGCGGCCAACCUGCUGCUGAUGAUGGCGUCGGCCGAGGAUGCCUUCUGGGUGCUGGCCUCGAUCGUGGAGAGCAUCCUGCCGGCGGGCUACUACGACCACUCGCUCAAGUCGUCGCGGGCGGACCAGCAGGUGCUGCGUGCGUACGUGUCGACGGUGCUGCCCCGGCUGUCGGCGCACCUCGACGCGCUGUCGAUCGAGCUCGAGACCAUGACGUUCCAGUGGUUCCUGUCCGUCUUCACCGACUGCCUCAGCGCCGAGGCCCUCUUCCGCGUCUGGGACGUGGUGCUCUGCACCAACGACGGCUCCACCUUCCUCUUCCAGGUGGCGCUCGCGCUCCUCAAGCUCAACGAGGGCAACCUCCUCCAGUGCCGCACCCCGGCCGCCGUCUACACCUACAUCGGCCACCACAUGACGGAGCACGCCAUCAGCAUCGACGGUCUCAUCCAGGCCAGCGACGGUCUGCGCAAGCUCGUCCGCAGGGACGAAGUCGAACAGCGCAGGCAGCGCGUCAUCGACGCCGAAACUGAGGCACUGGCUGAUCAGAGUCAGCACUAA